CUAUCAUCAACCAUACAGUAACUGUUUAAACUGUACCAUUUCUGCCAUGCGAUGCUGUGGCUCGAGCGUUUCGGUUCAGUUCUAUUACAGCUGUCGCAAUGGGAACAUUAAACUCGUCGUUUUUAUUUCGUUCACAGCUUAGACGUGCGAUAAGUAUUGCUAUCGUUGGCAUGCUGGUAUGUUUCUACAUCGUGUUGUACGGGUUCAAACAUGCAGAUAGAACUACGGAGAAAAUAAAUCGUGAUCGAUUGUUCCACCUACGUGAAGCAUGUGAACGUACCAACAAUGGAGGAAAAAACACAAUUGAAACUUCAUUCUACAUCCACGUGAAAAACGAAAGCUUGCUGUACUGCUUGGUGUUUAAAUCGGGCACUACUACCUGGUUUUAUAACAUCAACCGUUGGGCUGGGAUUAGUGAGGAUACAAUAUUAGACGAUAAAACGGACAAUUUUAAUCUGGCCCGCCGAAAGUAUCCAUGGGAAAAUCCGCGAGUGCUACUAACUAGUAUGAAAAAUACCUACUCCUUCAUUGUGGUCCGUAACCCUUUCGAACGCCUGAUUAGUGCCUACGAGGAACGUUUGCUCGGACAGCUGCAUCCGUACUUUAAAAACCUUUCGCAUCAAAUCUACAGACGUUACCAUGACGAUGGUAAUCAUUUUGGUAUUCCUUCCUUUGAAGACUUUGUGCGAUUCGUCGUGGAGCAGUCUCGAAAUAACAAACCAGCUGACCUGCAUUGGCGACCGAUAAACGACCUGUGCACACCUUGCCUGGCACGAUACGACUCGAUCUUAAAAAUGGAAACGUUUGCACAAGACAUCGAAUACCUUACAACCGUACCCAAUUGCAUGGAAAGAUUAAGCCGGUGCAAAUGA